GUGGAGGCCAGUGGAGGGAUUGGCAAGGGGGGGUGGAGGACACUGAGUGGAGGCCAGUGGAGGGAUUGGCAGAGGGGGGUGGAGGACACUGAGUGGAGGGGCCCAGUGGAGGGAUUGGCAGAGGGGUGGAGGGACACUGAGUGGAGGCCAGUGGAGGGAUUGGCAGAGGGGGGUGGAGGACACUGAGUGGAGGCCAGUGG